AUGGUCACACUUGAAGAUGUCAUAGACGAGAUUUUUCAUUCAGACACAAACGCCCACAAACCAGUUAACAAUAAUGUCUUUGAUCCCAACAUACAUUUUUCAAACAACGAGCUGACCAGUAGCAUUGAGAAGAUUAAAUUCAAUCAGUUUGCUGUGUUCCAUUCGAGCAACCAGACGACCGACAAGAGUGGUGAUGGUAACGACGCAGAGGCCAGCCUUACUCCGAACAUGUUUAAGGCCCUCAAGUGCUUCCUAGCCACUUUACCGCCAUUCAAGCCCGAGUUGAUAUCACCUGUGGUGCUUGAGAAGUUACUAAGAAGAUGUGCCAUCACCAAAGUUAGGAAACCUUUAGGCUCCUCACCGUCCUCCUCACUGACUCCGGACAUUUCCAUCAUCAUCGAAGAUGGCAGUGCAUCACAAUCCGUGAGAGCAGUCAACAUUGUCGAGAUGAACCGACCGAUGGAUGGUCUGGUUGUUGUGCUGGAGGGAAAGGUCGAAGUUGAGAUUGGAGUGGAGAGGUUUGUCUUCAUUGAAGGACCCUUCGCUUGUUUUGGUCUGCCUGUACUUCAAAAUGCAAUAUCAUCUCUGAGCAACAGCUUGCCGCGAUCGACGCCAACAACAUCGGCGGCGGCAGCAGGCACGACACUGAAGAAUUUGGACGCUGAGGUCAGCCAACAGCAUUAUAUUCCCGACUUCACCGUGCGACCGAUGACGGAAGACGUCUCGUACAUCAAGAUAUCGUGCAGCACUUACGUAUCGUCAUUGCAGGCCACACUUCUCAAGUACAUUCACGAGCAAGGAAUAUAUACGGCCGAUGCAUCCAAUCAAAUAUCUAAAGAGUCGUCAUUCGUCAUGGCUAAUAAUGCUCAAAAUUUGCAGAACAAUUUCUCAAGACCCCUAGACAUCUUGACUGAUUUUCACAACAGACCGGCAAACUUUUUCAUCGGGAAUUACACGUUUGACAAUCAUCAUCUAAUGCCGUCACUAUCUCCGCCCGGUUACAACUACCAACACUUAGAUGAGAGUCAGAAAUUAGGCGUGUGGACCCCCUAUCAAUCCCAGCCACAGCAGCAGCCGGAAGAUGACGCACGCGGUUGGGAUGUCAACCAGAAUAUCCUCGAAAAGAAUAGCGGUUCCUAUCAGGAUAAGAAUGAUAGUUGUAAUGAAGCUGAGAGCAACAUGACAGGGGAUGAUAAGGAUGACGAAAUGGAUGUCGGGAAUGUCAAUGACGUAAUCAUAGCUGGCUCCUCUCCUAGUGCGUUCGAUAAGGAUGAAACUGACUUGCAAAAUGACAGGAUUAAUAAUAUUCUGUAA